CGCACAACGAGAUCAUCUUCCGCCCGGCCUGGCCCUGGUUUGACCUCAGUGCAAACGUAACUUGCGUAUUUCCGCUCACAUUCGCAAUCACACUUCCUUUCGGAGCAUCAGCGGACAGAGCAAGGAAGAAGGAAAUGCUGGCCACCAGAGCCCUCAGCCUUGUUGGCAAACGUGCCAUCUCCACAUCUGUCUGCCUACGCGGAGGACAUGGUGUUGCUAAGGUAGAGGAAUACACUCUCCCUGCCUACUUUGACAGGCAGGAUAACCCUCUCCCGGAUAUCCGCUAUGUGCAGAGCCUGAGUGCAGAGCAGAAGUCCCUGAAGGAGAAAGAGAAGGGGUCCUGGGCCGCACUCUCUAAUGAGGAGAAGAUUGCAUUGUACCGCAUCAGCUUCAAGCAGAGCUUUGCUGAGAUGAACCAGGGAUCAUCAGAGUGGAAGUCUGUGGUUGGAGGGGUGUUUUUCUUUCUCAGCUUCACUGGGCUGGUUGUGCUGUGGCAGAGAAAGUACGUGUAUGGACCAGUCCCACAUACAUUUGACCCCGAGUGGAAAGCCAAGGAGCUGCAGAGGAUGCUGGACAUGAGGAUCAACCCAGUAGAGGGCUUCUCAGCGCAGUGGGACUACGAAAACAAGCAGUGGAAAAAGUAAAGGACCGAGAGGACCAUAACACAUACUUGAAGAUAAAGGCAGACCAACUCAAAGAUACAACAAUACCUAUAUUUCUGUAUUUAUCAAUUGUCCACAUUACCUCAGCUUGUUCAUUUGGAAGACCACUUCCUCUUAAGGUCAUUGUGUAUUAUAGAAAAAGGAAUAAAAACUGAUAAAACGUA